AUGGGUUUUUUCGACCAUCUCCAGCAGAGGGGAAGCAUAGCUAUCCAACCCAAACAGACCCAGAUUCGAAAAGUCGAAACGACAACAAAAUCCUCCCCUCUCCGAACUUCGUCCGCCGCAUCAGAUCGACCAACGUCGAAGUCGACCUCUCAGCCUAAUCCUCGCCGCCAUCCCGAUCGUGCGCUCCCAGCCAGCAUUAAGCUCCCGCCGAAUUCCGUCCGCGCAACUUCUGUCGCUAGUGAUCCCACCCCAUCCCGCCGCCAAGAUUCCACAUCUCGUUUGAGCACAAAAUCGAGAGGCCGAAAGAGACCACUGCCUAUACAGAAGCUGUUGACCAGCAGUGACGAGAGCGAUGACGAUGACGUUUCUUCGUUUGAGAUUCGCAAGCGGGCUAAAUUCAGUAUCAGUGCGGAGCCGGAUCUGCAACGUCGGAUUCGGUCGACGGUUGCGUUUUCGGAAGAUGGGAAGAAGGAGAUGAUUGAAUUCCGUGCCUUUGAUGGUGACACCGUCACUGAGGCAGUAGCUUCAGCAGCAGGGCCUGUUACGAUUCGAUUGCAAUAUCCUGGCACAUCUCAGGGUGAAGAAUACCAACUCGUCGUACCCCGAGGAAAAGACGGGUUUAAACCCUUGGACGACAUAGUCCAUGUAGUCGACAUCGUAUCACAAAACUACAUAGCAGAAGAAUAUAUCCAUCUUUUCACCAACGAGACCACGGGCAUCAACCGCCGCUUCAGGCGAGCCUUAGCCCAUGCCUCCGAAACAGAGUUCAAAGAAGCAAUCGACGAGUACAACGAAACCAUCAACUUCCUCCGAACCAACGGCUCCAUCGCCAAACACCUCGAUAAAACCCAUACAAUACCCCUCCCCCUAGUCGAACGAAUCCUGACCCAAACCUACGCCCGCACGGUCUCCCCCCGCGUAGAAUCCCUCCGCCAAUACGAGAACGGCACAGAUAACGUCUACGGCGAACUCCUACCCCGCUUCAUCUCCGACAUCUUCAAGCAGACCAAGCUAAAGUCCAGCCAGGUAUUUGUCGACCUAGGUUCCGGGGUUGGUAACGUCGUAUUACAAGCCGCGUUGGAAAUUGGCUGUGAGAGCUGGGGGUGUGAAGUUAUGCAGAAUGCCUGCGACGUGGCGGAGAUGCAGGCGCGGGAAUUUGAAGCGCGCUGUCGGCUCUGGGGUCUUGCUGUUGGCGCCGUCCGGCUGAUCCGCGGCUCUUUCCUGACGCAGGAAAGCAUCAUCGAGACCCUGCAUAGAACUGAUGUGGUGCUUAUCAAUAACCAGGCUUUCACGCCGCAGCUGAAUAACGAGAUCAUCAAUCACUUUCUCUACAUGAAGGAGGGCUGUCAGAUUGUGUCGUUGAAGUCGUUUGUUCCUGCGGGCCAUCGGAUUCAGGCGCGCAAUUUGAAUUCGCCGAUUAAUCUGUUGUCGGUUCAGCAGAAGAAUUACUGGUCGGAUAGUGUUAGUUGGACGAAUGCAGGGGGUACGUAUUUUAUUGCGACCAAAGAUAGUUCGAGGCUUAAGGCAUUUGUGGAGAAUCAUUGA